UGCUGGUUGGUUACUUUGACAGUGGUAGACGGAUAAAGCGAAUGAUUUAUCCAAAAUUAAGGCAUUUAAAUGAUAUCGCGAAUAUUCCGUGGAGAAAAUGAGAAUGCCGCCGUCAAGAGAAAACGACAAAUCGACACCCUGAAAAUUUUUAAUGACCAUGUGUUAGAAUUAAGAGAAGAUGUGGAAUACCAAGUACAAUUUGACGCUGGAGAUAGGCGAAUGGCCAUUUUGGUCUCGCUCUCACCGGAAUUUCCUUUGGAAAAGCCAGUACUCAGAGUAUCGCCUGCGAUAACGCAUCCUUGGUGUAAUGAGCACAGUGAAAUCACAAGUGCGCCGGGUUUACUGAACUUCACAGUUCACAGCGACCUUGGCCGCGUUGUCCAGGCAAUUAUCAGAGAAUUCAGCAGAAACCCACCGCAACUUAUAGAAGAUAAUUCACCACCGUCUGCUAUACCACAAAUAGAUUUAGCCGAUAGAGCUUCACCGUCCUAUGCUUUGAAACCAUAUUCCGAGCUCCCAUCAACUUCUUAUAAUUCCUACUACAAUUCUCAAUACCCGCAGUUUUCCUCGCCGGGUACAAAUCCCGGAGUCUAUAAUUACAACUACACGAAUUCCGGCAAUGCCUACAUCUCAGAUAGUCAGUCUCAAUCCUGCGCAGCUUCGUCGCUUCACUCGACAUACGCCACAAGCUCCAGGAGUCUGCAUAAUUCCAACCCAGUUCAAUAUACGACAAAUCCGCACGCGAAAACCUAUUCGAAUUUGCAUCAGAUGAAUGCAAACAUCCAGCAAUCGAUGCAAAGUCAAAUGCAGUCCCAAACACCGCAGUGCACGUUUUUUCCCGAGUUGCAUAAUUUAACGAAUGAGGAAUUGAAACAGUUGAACGAAGAUGAGGAAAAAUUGGACGAGUUUUUAGAAGAGCACUCGCAGUUGAAAGACAUCGAUGCUGCGGUUGAGGACACGAUUGAUUGGGUAGAGAAAACUGCCGCGUCAAAUUUAACCAAAGAAGAAGAAUUAAAACAGCUGCAGGAGGAGGUUGGGAGCAAAGUGGAGACCGUGAAAGAACUUAAAGCCCGCUACGAUCAAUUAAUCCGGAAAUAUAAUAAAUUAUCCGAAGUGUUCACACCUGACCACAUAAAAGAGUGCCUGCAAAAGGCAGCGGAUGAGAGUCACGAGAAAAGUGAGAAAAUAGCCGAAGACUUUUUAAACAGGAAGAUUGACGUGGAACGCUUUCUCAGCACCUACAUUGAGUGUCGGAAGCUGGGCCAAGCUAGAAGAACCAAGGAAGAGAAACUCGCUCAUCAGUUAAACGAACUGAAACGAGCUGGUUAUUAAAAUUGUAAACACUGUAAUUUCCAUUCUACGAAAGCGAACAAACUGUACAUAUCUUUUUAGUUCAAUUAAACGAUCUUCUCUAUUACAGUCCUUCCCGAAUUCGUUGAACGUGCGUUCGUUCUGACGAAAAACAAUCGCGCCUUAGUAGCUUCAAUUAACUCAAGUCUUGAUUUAACUUGAAAAACGAUGCUUUAAGAAAUAACAAAUAUAAAAAUAAAGGAACUGAAAUUGGAGUAAUUCCUUGCGAAGUAUUCAACAUUCCAACGGAAACUCUGAAUGGAGAAUUCGCUCUCGUAAAAUUUUUUUACAUAAUUUAAGUUUUGUACCGCGUCCGAGCCUGUCUAAAAUAUAAAUGAUAAAAGUUAUAUUCGUGACUUUUGUACUUGUAUAUUAAAAUUUUUUGUCAUCGAAUCACUGUCGCUUGCACUCGCGGAGGUACCGCGUUAAAUUCGAGAGUUUUUCGAGGAGAGCCACUUUGUGAUAAAAGCAGUUGCCAGCACAUUAGGUCAAAUGCAGCGAAUUUUGAGAAUCACUUACCCUUAUUCGAGAAUAAGUGAUUUGAUGUUUCGAGUAUAAUAAAUAGAAGUGUUCUAGAAGUCAGUCAACCUUGAUUGGACAUAGAUUAUAUCGUAAUAUGAAAAAAAUGCUCUAAGAUAAUAUUAUUUAAGCUGUUGUGCUGUGAGAGGUACGUGUUCUCAUUUCGACGAGACACUUUUUUACAAUGUAAAUAAGAAUUUGAGAGUGCGAUUAAAUGAUUUUUUAAGUCUUUGCAACUUCACGAUACGGUUAUGUAGUAAUCUAAUGGAUUUUCCUUAUAUUGUAAAAUAUUACAUAGAUGUAUGUACAGGAUCGUAGUGAAACUACAGAGUUUCUCUAAAGUUCCAAAUCAACGGCAAUAUUGUGUAGAAAAUGCAAAAAAUUCCACUUUGAAAUUCUAUUUAGCGUCGCUUUACUAUCCACGUUUUCAUAUUACUUCAAGCUUAUGACAAAAGUAUCGCUUUAAAUAAUUUAACAUUUGAUAUUUAAGUCUUGAGUGUGCCUGAAUAACCCCUUUCCUGGGCGGGAAUAUCGACAUUACAGUAUUGAAAAUAGGACUACGUUUUUACUCGUUUAAAAGAACCCGUUUUAUACUUUAGAUAUUUUUAAUAUAUGAAAUCUGUCAUUGAUUUCGUCAAGUACUUCAUAUCUUUUACUGGUCAGUGAUGGCGAAUGCUCGACUUUAGUAUUUAAAUUUCAAAACAUGACCGUUUCUAUUCAUAAGAAAUUCACUUGAUGUGCGAUGCUUUAUAAUUCUACAAUAUUCCAUUUCCUCUACAAUAAACACUGAUGACUGUAUUAUAAACGAUUUCGGAAAAUAUAAAGGAAAAUAUU